AUGAGCGAAACUGGAUCGAAUUUAGAUCCCGCCAACGUGGACGCCACGACAUUGCCUCCGAUUGGCGUUCCUGAAGCUCCGGCGCAAGCGGCAUCUCCGCAUUUGGCUACUGAAGAGCCUUCUCCCGACACAGUCCAAUUAGCAGCUGUUGAUGAAGUUGAUCAUCAGCAGACUGCUUCUAUCGCUACUUCUGCUGCCUCCCAGCUGCCUAUAAUGGAGCCUGCUGUGAUGGAUGCUGGCUCUGAAGCUGCUCAGGUGGAUGUCAUGGCUGUUGAUGCUAAUGAGCCUGCAAGUAAUCUUGGUGAUCCUGCUGCUGACAGCCGACCUAUCGCCAAUGGAGAGACGACCCAGACCAACAUGGCUAAUUUGGAUCCUCCUCAGAACGAGGUCAGAACCAUGGCCAACGGAGAGACCAUGGCUGUGACCUAUGCUGACUUGGGGGGUCCUUCUGAUGAGAUCAACUCAGAGCCUGCAAAAGACAUCAAGACUGCUGCAGAUGGAGAAACUAUCGCUGCAUCUUCUGCCAAUCUUGGUCCUGAAGAAUCUGCUCAGACCGUUGAGCCUGUCGCCGAGAUCAUGGUUGAACCCGCCCAGAUUAAGACAGCAAUUGAUGGAGAAAUUACUGCUGAGACGUCAGCUGAUUUAGGUGGAGUUGCGGACUCUGCUGGUACGGUUAAGUCAGUCACUGAUGGAGAGACGUUGGCUUCAACUUCUGCUGAUCUCGGAGGACCUGCUGAAGGGAAUCUUGAGCCUGCUAACGUGAAUAUAGCUACUGAUGGAGAAACCAUUGCCUCUACAUCGGCUGAUCUUGGAGGACCUGCGGCUGAUGUGAACAUGGCUGAUGUGAAAACGGCUACCGACGGUGAAACGAAGGGCGAAUCUGAAGGCAAGAUUGAUCCUGAUACUGAGAGGAAGGAACAACCUGGAGACAUAGUUGUUGACACUGGAGAUGCUAUUGAUCGCGCUCUGGCUGAGGAGGCUGCUGAGGCUUCUGAUUCGUCGUCAGACUCUUCGUCAGAUGAUUCUUCGUCAGAUGACUCUGAUUCCGAGUCGGAUGGAGACCCUGAAGAGACCAAUGUGGCUGGCGAGGAGGAGGAGGAUUCUACUGGACCUCUCAAGACUGCCAACGAGCAGAUUGAUGAACCCAUCCCCCAGCUCCCCGAGGGAUUCGCCAUCAGCGAAAAGACUGCCAUUGAGCAUGUGGGAACCCUCCAGUCGGUGACCAACAGAACAGCUGUGAUCAAGGCCACCGUCUCUGGGGAGUUCCGGGUUCUUGGAGACGACACAAUCUUCUGUUUCGAAGACAAGACCAUUGUGGGAGUUCUGUUUGAGACCUUUGGACUUGUCAAGAUGCCCUUUUACUCUGUGCGGGUCAGCUCGGAUGAAGAGGCUGCUGCCCUGAAGGAAAAGGUCGGGUCUCCCAUCUACUAUGUUGCUGGACACGCCAACUUUCUGUAUACAGAUCGAAUCAAGAGCAUUAAGGGCUCAGAUGCGUCCAAUAACUACGACGAGGAGGUACCCGAGGAGGAGCAGGAGUUUUCCGAUGACCAGGCCGAGAUGGAGGUCAAGUCUGCUCGAAAGAAGAAGAAGAAGGCCAAGAAGCGAGCUGAUGGAGGGGAGAACGAGGACGCUCCCAAGGAGGUCAAGAGACAGAGGAACGACCGGUACAAGGAACGAACGGAUAACAGGCAGGGAGGAGGUAACAACUACAACAGCGACAGCCGAUACCACAACAACAACCAUGGCAGUGGAUACAGUAACAGCAACAACCAGAACAAUAACAAUCAAAUGUAUCCACUAAUGCCUGGAGGAAUGAGUUUCCCGGGGAUGGGCAUGGGCAUGGGCAUGCCACCUAUGCCUCCCAUGCCCGGUAUGUCUCCCUUGCCCGGUAUGCCUCCAAUGCCCGGCAUGCCUAUGAUGCCACCUGGAAUGCCGUUUAUGGCCCCAGACCAGAUGCUGCAGAUGCAACAGCACUUUGCGCAGAUGCAACAACAGCAGCAGCAGCAGGCCAUGUCUCAGGGCAUGUCUCAGCAGCAGAUGCAACAGUGGCAGCUCCAGCAGCUCCAGAUGCAGCAGGCAGCCAUGUUCCCCCCUCCAAACAACAGCAACAACCGGCAUAAUGACCAGGGUCAAGGUCACCAGGAUAGAAAUAACCCCAGACCCUAUUCCUAG